UAAUCUCUCUCUCUCUCUCACUCUCACACACGCACGCACGCACUCUCUCUCUCACUCACUCGCACACAGAUACUAACGUACUUUCAUUUCCAACCCUACAACUUCCAUCUUCCAAACCAGUCCUCCCCUUACCUCCAUCCACCAGCCCACCGCACAAUGUCUUCUAACAACUCUGCUUCUGCUUCUGCCAAGAGUCCCCUACUACGAGCCCAAAUAGCUCCGGCGUCUCCCAAAAUAACCCUGACACGCUCUACAUCCCCCCCGCCUCCUUCUGCGCUGCGUGUCACGCCGCCACGUGCUGCCACCCCCAUCUCCUCUUCCUCUCCUCCUCCCUCCUCCUCCACCACCACGUCUCCCCUGCUGCACUCUUCCUCCUCCUCGUCCUCCUGCUCCUCCUCUUCCUCCCCACUCGUCCGGAGGAGGCCCGUCCACAUCCUCUCUUCGCCCCCAGCUGGGCUGCUACACGUCCCCCGGGUCACUCGCUCCCAGCCAAGCAGUCCCACCAACACCCCCAGAUGCAACAUGCCCAUCAAGUCAUCUCCAUCCUCAUCGCCGACCUCCGUCAGCCAAUCAAAUGCCUGCAACAAAGACUCGCCCUCAUCCCCAUCACCCAAUCAGAUGGAGCGGAUCAGCCCCGCGCUGGAGGUGUGGAGUGAGACAUUUCCGGCAGAGGGCCAGAGCCUGAGACUAAGCCCCACCCCCUCCAGCGAGCGCAAGGUGCGAUCCAUCUCCAUCUCAAACUCCACCCCGGAACGCGGCUCCACUCCGGAACAUGGCUCCACUCCGGAACGUUGUUCCACUCCGGAACUCGGCCGCGACAAUGGUGGCCAUGGUGACGUCAGAACAGUGGACUCGGCACCACUGAAUCACGGCACAGCAGGAGCAAAGUUUAACUCAGCUAUAGCAACAAGGCCAUCCCAUAAUACCAACGUCAAGGCAGCCUCCCUCUCCUCCUCUUCCUCCUCUUCCUCCUCUUCUGCAGCGUCAUGGUCUAAGGACAGAAAGAGACCCAGCUCCACCGUAGAGGUCGUCAAGGGAUCUCGGCCCGGUGGGCAGAUCAAGAGGAGGUACCAGGACCCGGUCUUGCUUCAGGCCCGAUUGCGGUUGACGAAAACGGGCAAGGGGCCCGACUUGAGUCCCAGGCUCCUGGGCCGUGGAGGAGGGCAUGAGGGUGGGGAAGAUCAGGCUGCAAAGAGGGCCGCGAGGGACAAUGUCUCAGUGGAGAGGGAGCAAUCACAAACAGCACUCCUAGCAGCACUCAGUCCACCAACAUCCACCAACUCCAGCACACCCCCUCCCAGCAUGACACCCAGGACGCAUUCCAUGUCUGCAGCACCUCCCAGAGCCUCGGGCGGCACCACGACCACAGUGGCUGCCAACAGACACACCUUGAGGCAGCCCAGAUCCGUACCUGGCUCACCCUCGAUGGAAUGCAGAAACAACAAGGGAGACCCCACCUCCAACAUGGGCCAACUUAGAGAAGCCAGGUCCAGCUGUCUACCAUGCAGGACGCCCAGGCUUCAGCGUAGAGGUUUGGGGACAGAACCAUCGAGCCAUCGGGGUGCCGCAUCACCCAACACCAAUAAUGUCCCCAUCCCACCAGCUGAGACCUCCACGGCUUCACCAGAGAGCUCUACUUUGAAAAGCGACAGGAAAGAGAUGGAACAGGGCCGUUGGGGUGUCAUGGCACCCACCAGAGGUAAUGUCACCAUGUCACCAGCUGAGACCGUCCAGUCAGCGGAGGCUUCUAUGGCUCCUCCACCAGAGAGCUCUCCUUUGAAGAGCGAUAGGUCAUCCCAGGAGGAGGAAAAAGAAGAGGAAGUGGAAGCAGGAGGAGCUCAAUUAGGCAGGUGCUCCCCUGCGGCGGCCCGCCAGAUCAAAGAGGUAGAAACGCGAGCUGACAGCGGUGAUAGUGACAAUGACGGCAGUGUCCACCACCGCUACGAGAAGAAGGAAGGCGCACACUUUCCAAAAGGCACGCGGUUUUCACAGCUGUCACCCGAUCACUGUGCUCUUGCGGCAGAAGCGGUGACAGUCUGCGAGGUGGUCAGAGUGGUGGGUGCGACUCUUGUGGAAAGAGGCAGAGCUGACAGCUGUCGUUCACCGCCACCGCCACAACGGCCCCUGCCUGCUAGCCCCUCCCCAUCCCCAUCCCACAACAUCGCAACACUGGCAAAGAGAGAGGGAGAGGGAGAGGGAGUGAGCCCAACAUCUGACCGACCCCGUGUAUCAACAUUGGGAGCGGGAGAGGGACACAGAGAGGGUAACGCUCGAGAAUGUACCGGAAACGAACGGCGAGAACAGCAGCUGAUGUCAGCGCACUGCUACCCACACAGCUGCCAGCUCCCCCAGCAAACCCCGCACCCACAAAAACACCAGCCUAACCAUUUACAAUACCAACCCCAGUACCAUCAACAACAACAUCCUCUACACCACCACCAGUACCAACAGCAACAUAACAAACAUCAACACCUCCUGCAGCACAACAUCCAACCCGACCACCACCAUCACCUCCACCAGCAGCACCAGGACCCGCAUCAGGACCAAGGGCUUCCACCAAGGCCCAGGAACAGGCCUCAUCCCCUGGCCAGACAGGCAGCACAGCUGGGCCUGGGCCUGGGGUUGGCGCUGGAGGGAUCAGACGGUUGUAGCAGCGACAGCUACAGUCACAGGCAGCAGCGGAUCCUAGACACAGCCGGGAUGGAUUGGUGUCCCAUGGACCGACUGGAGGAAGAAGAGGACCCCCCUCUGCCCGAGCCAUCUGCCAGCCUGGGCAGGAUGAGAGCACCACUACGGCAGCAGGGGGCCCGGAUGGGCUCGGGGGUGUGGGUCACUUUAGGUGAGUGA